GCCACGCAGCGGGGCCCACGAUUGACAACACGGUGGCUGCUCGAGGUGGUCUUCCCCCUUGAUCGCCGGAGUCCACGGGCAGCCACGCGCCGUUGGCUUUGCUGCAGCCCCCCCACCUCCUCGGGGCUUCCCUUUUCUCCUCGCAGAGGUGGCUUUGCAGCUGACAGCAAUGGUAGAGGCGGAGGAGGGGGAGGGCUGCAACUCGGCCAGGGGGGUCCCUUCACCGCAACAGCAGGAGCUCGCCGCUGAUCCCCGCUGAGCCGAGGAGCCCAAACGCCGUCAUUAUUGGGACCGCACGCUUCCACCCGGACCCCAUCAUGUCCACCAAAGCGGAGCAGUUUGCUUCCAAGAUCCGGUACUUGCAAGAAUACCAUAAUCGUGUUCUUCACAACAUUUACCCCGUCCCCUCUGGAACUGACAUUGCAAAUACCCUGAAAUACUUUUCUCAGACACUAUUAAGCAUUUUGUCCCGCACAGGGAAGAAGGAGAAUCAAGAUGCCUCCAAUUUGACAGUGCCCAUGACCAUGUGUCUUUUUCCUGUGCCAUUCCCACUCACCCCAUCUCUAAGACCACAGGUCAGUUCCAUCAACCCUACUGUUACUCGCUCCCUCCUUUACAGCGUCCUGCGAGAUGCUCCCACUGAACGCGGCCAGCAAAGUCGUGAUGCUCAGUUAUCAGACUACCCAUCAUUGGACUAUCAAGGACUAUACGUGACAUUGGUGACUCUGCUGGAUCUAGUACCUUUGCUACAACAUGGUCAACAUGAUCUUGGACAGUCAAUUUUUUACACAACCACUUGUUUGCUGCCUUUUCUCAAUGAUGACAUCUUGAGUACUUUACCAUAUACAAUGAUUUCCACAUUAGCCACGUUUCCACCAUUUCUGCACAAAGAUAUCAUAGAGUAUCUCAGCACAUCUUUCUUGCCCAUGGCUAUAUUGGGCUCAUCGAGAAGAGAAGGGGUGCCCGCUCAUGUUAAUUUGUCUGCGUCUUCAAUGCUAAUGAUUGCAAUGCAGUAUACAUCUAAUCCUGUUUAUCAUUGUCAGUUACUGGAAUGCCUUAUGAAGUACAAACAAGAAGUAUGGAAAGACUUACUGUAUGUAAUAGCAUAUGGACCUUCUCAAGUAAAACCACCUGCAGUACAAAUGCUUUUCCAUUACUGGCCCAACUUAAAACCUCCCGGGGCAAUAAGCGAGUAUCGAGGAUUGCAGUACACAGCAUGGAAUCCCAUACACUGCCAACACAUUGAAUGCCAUAAUGCCAUUAACAAGCCAGCAGUGAAGAUGUGCAUAGAUCCUUCCUUGUCUGUGGCUUUGGGUGAUAAACCACCCCCUCUCUACCUUUGUGAAGAAUGCAGCCAGAGGAUUGCAGGGGAUCACAGUGAAUGGUUGAUUGAUGUUCUUUUGCCACAAGCUGAAAUUUCUGCCAUAUGUCAAAAGAAGAACUGUAGCUCGCAUGUGAGGAGGGCUGUAGUCACAUGUUUUUCUGCUGGCUGCUGUGGUCGCCAUGGGAACAGGCCAGUGCGCUACUGCAAACGAUGCCACUCGAACCAUCACAGUAGUGAAGUUGGGGCAACAGCCGAGACGCAUCUUUACCAAACAUCACCUCCCCCUAUCAAUACUCGAGAGUGUGGGGCUGAAGAGCUUGUUUGUACUGUGGAAGCUGUCAUCAGCUUAUUGAAAGAGGCUGAGUUCCAUGCUGAGCAAAGGGAAUAUGAACUCAACCGCAGGAGGCAAUUGGGCCUCUCUUCUUCACAUCAUUCUUUGGAUAACACGGAUUUUGAUAACAAAGAUGAUGACAAGCAUGACCAGCGCCUUUUGAGCCAGUUUGGAAUCUGGUUCUUGGUAAGCCUCUGCACCCCUAGUGAGAACACCCCCACAGAGAGCUUGGCUCGACUUGUCAGCAUGGUCUUCCAGUGGUUCCAUUCCACAGCAUACAUGAUGGAUGAUGAAGUUGGCAGCCUGGUUGAGAAACUCAAACCGCAGUUUGUCACCAAGUGGCUGAAGACGGUGUGUGAUGUUCGGUUUGAUGUCAUGGUGAUGUGCCUCCUUCCUAAACCAAUGGAGUUUGCAAGGGUGGGCGGAUACUGGGACAAGUCCUGUAGCACCGUGACACAAUUAAAGGAGGGUCUGAAUCGAAUCUUGUGCUUGAUUCCAUACAAUGUAAUAAACCAACCUGUUUGGGACUGUAUAAUGCCGGAGUGGCUGGAAGCCAUCAGAACUGAAGUACCAGACAAUCAGCUGAAGGAGUUCAGGGAAGUAUUAAGCAAAAUGUUUGACAUUGAGCUGUGCCCACUCCCCUUUUCCAUGGAGGAGAUGUUUGGCUUCAUAAGCUGUCGGUUCACGGGAUAUCCUUCCUCAGUACAAGAGCAAGCUUUACUCUGGCUUCAUGUGUUAUCUGAAUUAGACAUUGUGGUUCCUUUGCAGUUGCUAAUCAGCAUGUUUUCUGAUGGAGUUAAUUCUGUGAAAGAGCUGGCAAAUCAGAAGAAAUCAAGAGCCAGCGAACUAACUGGAAAUCUUGCGGCUCGAAGGGUGAGCAUUGCCUCUGAUCCUGGACGUAGAGUUCAGCACAACACACUGAGUCCAUUUCCCAGUCCAUUUCAGAGUCCAUUUCGCAGCCCCAUGCGUAGCCCCUUCCGCAGCCCUUUCAAGAACUUUGGGCACCCUGGAGGAGGAGGAGGUAGUGGAGGAGGAGGAGGAGGAGGAGGAAGGACUAUUGACUUUGACUGUGAUGAUGAAGAGAUGAAUUUGAAUUGUUUCAUCCUGAUGUUUGACCUCAUCUUGAAGCAGAUGGAAUUACAAGAUGAUGGCAUUACCUUGGGCUUAGAGAACAGCAUUUCCAAAGACAUUAUUGCCAUCAUAAACAAUGUGUUCCAGGCCCCCUGGGGUGGCUCUCAUACCUGCCAGAAAGAUGAAAAGGCAAUUGAAUGCAAUCUGUGUCAGUCGAGUAUCUUGUGCUAUCAGCUGGCUUGUGAACUACUGGAGAGACUAGCUCCGAAAGAAGAAAUCAGGCUAGUGGAACCUACAGAUAAUCUUGAGGACAGUCUUCUGUAUUCUAGACCUGAGUUUAUUAUAGGAACUGAAGCAGAAGAGGAGAGCAAAUUGGCACCAAAGCAUGGAGAAAAUCCAGGAAAUCACACAGGGACAACGGAAAAUACAGCUGUCAUCAAAAAUGACACUGAGAGGAAAUUCUGUUACCAGCAGCUACCAGUGACACUGAAACUCAUAUACACAAUAUUGCAGGAAAUGGCAAGAUUUGAAGAGCCAGAUAUUCUUUUUAACAUGCUGAACUGCUUGAAAAUCCUCUGCCUUCAUGGGGAAUGUUUGUACAUUGCAAGAAAGGACCAUCCACAGUUCUUGGCCCAUAUCCAGGAUCAAAUGCUGAUUGCCAGCUUAUGGAGAGUUGUGAAAUCUGAGUUCUCCCAGCUUUCUUCACUGGCAGUGCCCCUCCUUCUCCAUGCUCUGUCACUUCCACAUGGAGCUGAUAUUUUUUGGACAAUCAUCAAUAGCAACUUCAACAGCAAAGACUGGAAGAUAAGAUUUGAAGCAGUGGAGAAAGUAGCUGUGCUAUGCAGGUUCCUGGAUAUUCACUCAGUGACCAAAAACCACUUACUGAAAUAUUCCUUGGCACAUGCCUUUUGCUGUUUUCUGACUGCCGUGGAGGAUGUCAACCCAGCGGUGGCCACAAGAGCUGGACUGCUACUAGAUACAAUAAAAAGACCAGCUUUGCAGGGCCUGUGCCUAUGCCUUGAUUUCCAGUUUGAUACGGUUGUUAAGGACAGGCCCACAAUUCUUAGUAAGCUUUUGCUGCUUCAUUUUCUCAAGCAAGACAUUCCGGCUUUGAGCUGGGAAUUCUUUGUGAAUAGAUUUGAGACACUUUCGCUCGAAGCACAGCUUCACCUGGAUUGCAACAAAGAAUUCCCCUUCCCAACAACUAUCACAGCUGUCCGGACGAAUGUUGCCAACUUAAGUGAUACAGCAAUGUGGAAGAUCAAGAGGGCUCGUUUUGCUCGGAAUCGUCAGAAGAGUGUGCGCUCCUUGCGAGAUAGUGUGAAGGGCCCAGUGGAGUCCAAGAGGGCACUUUCUCUUCCAGAAACCUUAACAACCAAAAUCCCUGCAAGACUGACCAGACAUGAACAGUCUGCUCCAGCACUUGGAACGCCAGACCAAACACAAGGGCAACCUUCGCCAGAGAACGAUAACACCAUAAAGGACCUUCUUCCAGAGGAUGCUGGCAUUGACCAUCAGACUGUCCACCAACUAAUUACUGUGCUGAUGAAGUUUAUGGCAAAGGAUGAGAGUAGUGCAGAAUCAGACAUCAGCAGUGCUAAAGCCUUCAACACUGUCAAGCGCCACUUAUAUGUCUUGCUGGGCUACGAUCAACAGGAAGGAUGCUUUAUGAUUGCACCUCAAAAAAUGCGUGUUUCAACGUGCUUUAAUGCAUUUAUAGCAGGAAUUGCCCAAGUAAUGGACUACAAUAUUAACCUGGGGAAGCACCUCCUCCCUUUAGUGGCGCAGGUGCUGAAGUACUGCACAUGUCCUCAGCUCAGACAUUACUUCCAGCAGCCUCCCCGCUGUUCCCUCUGGUCCCUUAAGCCCCACAUUCGGCAGAUGUGGCUGAAGGCAUUGCUUGUCAUCCUUUAUAAGUAUCCUUACAGAGACUGUGACAUCAGCAAAGUUGUGUUGCAUCUCAUUCAUAUAACAGUCAACACGCUCAAUGCACAGUAUCACAGCUGCAAACCUCAUGCCUCGACAGGCCCUUUGUACAGUGACAACAGCAACAUAAGCAGAUACAGUGAAAAGGAAAAAGCAGAGGAAGACAGUGUCUUUGAUGAAUCUGACAUUCACGACACACCCACUGGAACAGGCAAUAAAGAGUCUCAAACUUUCUUUGCCCGGCUGAAAAGAAUUGGGGGCAGCAAAAUGGUGAAAUACCAGCCAGUUGAGAUGAACGCUCAGAGAAGUGAAAUAGAACUGGCUGAAUACAGAGAAACUGGUGUGUUGCAAGACAGCAUCCUGCAUUGUGUGAGAGAAGAAAGCUUUCAGAAGAAGAAACUGCGCUCUCUGAAACAAAAAUCUCUUGACAUAGGAAAUACAGACUCCCUAUUGUUUACAUUAGAUGAACACCGGCGGAAGUCGUGCAUAGACCGCUGCGACUUAGAGAAGCCACCCGCCAUUUCCACUUACUCUGCAUCGAGGCAGAACGAUUAUGGACGGCCGAGACAAAAUUCCUCUACAAAGACAGAAGAUGCAGACACAGGGGAAAAGGAAGAUCCCCCUACCAUCCCACAAAAAAUCCCAACAAGGCGAAAACCUGUCAUACCAGAAGUCAGGCUAAACUGCAUGGAGCCAUAUGAGCCAUAUGAGGUGAAAGUGGAUUCCCCAGCAAAAUCUCCUCCUCCCAAAGAGGACUUGGAUCUUAUAGACCUGUCCUCUGAUUCAACCUCAGGGCCUGAAAAGCAAUCAGUUGUUUCCAAUUCUGACAGUGACUCACUUGUUUUUGAGCCACUCCCUCCUCUCAGGAUAGUGGAAAGUGAUGAAGAAGAAACUCAAGACACAAGCCAACUGAAUGCUGGUGUCGUUUCUGGCAAGACUGCUCCCCUAUCUCCUGCAAGCCCUACCACUGUCUCUGUGCUCAGCCUCAGCAUAGCCCCUCUUGUGCAAUUCAGCAUUGAAGAUUGCUCCAAAGACGCAACAUCUUCUGAAGCAAGCCAUAUUGUAUCAUUUGCACAAGAAGAAACCGCCUUGGUGUCUGCUGAAGAUCGAAAGGAUGUUGGUGAGUUAGUGAAGCCCGCAGAAGUUCAGGAGAUUUCUUUUGGCAGUCCACUGACGCUGAAGCAAAAACGAGAUCUGCUGCAGAAGUCAUUUGCUCUUCCGGAGAUGUCAAUAGAUGAUAGCUUUGAGUUAUGCAUAGAAGAAAUAAAGCCUCUUGGACCCUUUCCCAGUACAAGUGGGAAAACGGUUCUCAUUAAGGUCCCUGAGGAUUUUGAGAACCAAUCUGAAAAUGAUAAACCUGAUGCCGGUGCAGAAUCUGAUACGGAACAAGGUGCGGAACAAAAGCAGGAGGAAGAAGCUGAAGAGUCAGAAUUCAAGAUCCAGAUUGUUCCUAGGCAGAGGAAGCAGAGGAAGAUUGCUGUAAGCGCCAUCCAGAGAGAAUACCUUGAUAUAACCUUCAACAUCUUAGACAAACUGGGAGAGCAAAAAGAGACAGAUGCUUCGACUAAAGUACUUUCAACUCUUGAAAUGCCAAGAGAAUCAUCUUCUGCUCCAACACUUGAAGCAGGUGUACCAGAGACAAGUAGCCACUCUUCCAUAUCAACUCAAUUUCGACAGAUGAAAAGGGGUUCCCUGGGAGCAUUGACCAUGAACCAGCUAAUGAAGAGGCAGCUAGAACACCAAUCUAGUGCUCCCCAUAAUAUCAACACAUGGGACACUGAACAGAUACAGCAUGGGAAGAGGCCGUGCAAUGUCUCAGUUUGCCUAAACCCUGACCUGGAGGGACCACCACUAAGAAUAAGAGGUGCUACAAAAUCCAGCUUGCUAUCAGCACCCAGUAUAGUCAGUAUGUUUGUACCAGCACCAGAAGACUUUUCUGAUGACCAGCCUACUAUGAUGACUGACAAGUGCCAUGAUUGUGGAGCCAUCUUGGAAGAGUAUGAUGAAGAGACAUUAGGUCUGGCUAUAGUGGUUCUCUCCACAUUUAUUCACCUUAGCCCAGAUCUAGCUGCUCCUUUGUUGCUGGAUAUCAUGCAGUCUGUAGGAAGGUUGGCUUCAAGCACCAAUUUUUCUAAUCAAGCAGAAAGCAUGAUGAUCCCAGGGAACGCAGCAGGUGUGGCCAAGCAGUUUCUCCGCUGCGUUUUCCAUCAACUGGCUCCCAAUGGUAUAUUUCCCCAGCUGUUCCAGAGCAACAUCAAAGAUGGAGGUUUUUUACGGACCCUGGCCACCUCUCUUAUGGAUUUCAGUGAACUGAGCUCCAUAGCUGCUCUGAGCCAGCUGCUAGAGGGUUUAAACAACAAAAAGAAUUUACCAGCAGGGGGCGCAAUGCUCCGUUGCUUGGAAAACAUUGCUACAUUUAUGGAAGCUUUGCCAAUGGAUUCCCCAAGCAACCUCUGGACCACAAUCAGUAAUCAGUUCCAGACUUUCUUUACGAAGCUGCCUUGUGUUUUACCACUUAAGUGUACUUUAGAUUCAAGUUUGAGGAUAAUGAUGUGCUUGCUGAAGAUACCCACCAGCAGUGCUGCCAGGAGUCUGCUGGAGCCAUUUUCAAAACUGCUUAGUUUUGUCAUUCAGAAUGCCAUCUUCACCCUGGCCUACUUGGUAGAACUAUGUGGCUUAUGCCACAGAGCGUUCACUAAGGAAAGGGAUAAGUUCUACUUAUCCCGCAGCGUAAUCUUAGAGUUGCUGCAGGCUCUGAAGUUAAAAUCGCCCUUGCCAGACACAAACCUGCUGCUCUUGGUCCAGUUUGUUUGUGCAGAUGCUGGAACAAAACUAGCUGAAUCAACAAUCUUGCAGAAGCAGAUGAUUGCUUCAAUGCCGGGAUGUGGAACAGCAGCAAUGGAAUGCAUGAGGCAAUAUAUUGGGGAAGUGUUGGAUUUUAUUGCUGAUAUGCAUACCUUGACAAAAUUAAAGAGUCACAUGAAAACGUGUUCCCAGCCGCUGCAUGAGGACACUUUUGGUGGGCAUCUCAAAGUUGGUUUAGCUCAGAUUGCUGCCAUGGAAAUCUCACGUGGCAAUCACAGAGAUAACAAGGCUGUGGUGCGUUACUUACCUUGGCUGUACCACCCUCCAUCUGCAAUGCAACAAGGGCCCAAAGAAUUCAUUGAAUGUGUAUCUCAUAUCCGAUUGCUCUCCUGGCUCCUUCUGGGGUCACUGACACAUAAUGUUGUCUGUCCUAAUUCUCCUUCGGCUUGCAUGCCCAUACCACUGGAUGCAGGUUCUCACGUUGCUGAUCACCUUAUUGUGAUCCUGAUUGGGUUCCCAGAGCAGUCCAAGACCUCGGUUUUGCACAUGUGUUCCCUCUUCCAUGCCUUUAUAUUUGCCCAGCUAUGGACGGUGUAUUGUGAACAAGCAGCUGUUGCUCCCACUGUCCAAAACCAGAAUGAAUUCAGCUUCACAGCAAUUCUUACAGCUCUGGAGUUUUGGAGCCGAGUGACGCCAAGUAUCCUCCAGCUAAUGGCACAUAACAAGGUGAUGGUAGAGAUGGUGUGUCUCCAUGUGAUCAGCUUAAUGGAAGCUUUGCAGGAAUGUAAUUCCACUAUUUUUGUCAAGUUGAUACCGAUGUGGCUGCCAAUGAUUCAGUCAAAUCUAAAGCAUUUAUCUGCUGGGCUCCAGCUUCGCCUGCAAGCUAUUCAGACCAACGUGAACCACCAUAGCCUUAGGAUGUUGCAGGGCUCGGCUCAGAUGAGCACCAGCUCCUCCGCCCUUCGCAAGUGGCUGCAGUGUACGCAGUUUAAAAUGGCUCAAGUGGAAAUCCAGUCAUCCGAAGCGGCAUCUCAGUUUUAUCCUUUAUGAAUGAGGUGGGAUGUUCCAAAAGCUUCAGUUUAAUCUAGCAAUAAUAGGGCUAAAGCUAUAAGACAAAAGGCCAUUAAAAAUCAUAAAAUAGUACUGUAGCUACAUGUUUUAGUCUCAUAGAUGAAUAGAAACAGGUGAAAAGGCUAAAGCUAGUGGUCUGAUUGUGCCCACUCAUAACCACAAGUACAGUUUUGCUUAUGUGAGGUGUGGCCUUUAAAAACUAUAGCAAAAGUUCUCAAACUUAGGUCCCCAGAUGUUGUUGAACUACAGUGCCCAUCACCCCCUGAAUCAACAGAUGGCCAUUGGCAGGGGAUGAUGGGAGCUAUAAUCCAACAGCAUCUGGGGACUCAAAUUUGAGAACCCCUGAUCUAUGGAACUGAAGCAAGAGUUUGCCAAGUCAGGCCUGAGCUACUAUGCUACAUGCAUAGAAAGAUGUUAACAUAUUUUCAUUUCCAAAAAUGUUUCUGUAUUUUUUAAGACUAUUACUCUUCCCCCCCCCAUUAUUGUUUUUUUGAAAAAUAUUUUUAAAUGCCACAGUUCUGUGCGUACCUGUGGUGUGUACUUGUGAGCAUCCUAUGCUGCUAUUUUUAAAUCAGAAUCAGUGGGGGGUGUUUAGGAGCCUUCCUCUUGAUUUCCUUUUGUCUUAAAGAUCACACUUGGCAAUGCAAUAAAUCUUGUCACUCUAAAAUAGUGACCCUAUAAUGAGGACUCUUGCAGGUGCUUUUUUUUUCUGCUCCAAAUGAUAGCAACGACUUUCAAGCAUGGGCUUGUGCCAGUGGGUGGGCCGGUUGUAUGUUAGUCCUGGGCCCACAGAUCUAGGAGGGCCCACCUAGUGAGCACCAGGAAGGAGAGAGACACUCCUCUCUUUUCCCAUCUCCUUUCCCCUCCCAGGCAUGUACCUCUCAGCUAACAGGUGCCCCUUGCAAGGUGGGACAAGGGGAACUAGGGAGAAGGCAGCCAAAAGACUGCAGUUGCAUGAACAAUGCAGGUAUUAUUUUGCUUGGGGAGGGUGUGCAGAAACCUGAAGCCAGCCCUGCUUGCGAGGAGCAUCCUUACAAAGUGCACUUAGAAAUUAGAUGGAUAAACUGUGCCAGUUCGCUUGUCUUUUCAGUUUAGGAACUGUUGUAUAAAGUGCUUUAACUUCUGUUUCACUGCUGCAUAUUCUCCUGCAAUCCUCACGCUAUGAAGUAUCCCUCUCUAGAUGAUAUGUAUAAUGGCCUUUAUUUUAUUCCUUCUUAAACACUUGUACACAGUGAGAUUUAAAAGGAGUCCCAUUCCUGUUACGGCUAGGGAGAAUGUGCACGUGAAGCUUCCCUGGGGAAAGGUUUGGGCUUGUAGAUUUGCAUAUAAUACAUAGAAAUUCUAGGAAUGUGGCAUAGACAGCAAUGUUAAAUAUUUUUUAAAAGUGAAUUUUAAUAGCAUUGAGAAGGACCUGAUCCACUGGGAUGUACAGAAAAGUUCCUCAUUGCUUUGCAAUGGGCUUUGGAUCAGGGCCUAAGGACAGCAGAACUUGUAAUUAAAAUUUAGCUUUUUUGUGUAUACAUAACUGAGAUAUACUGUAUUAAUCUGUAUUUAUUGCUGUAAUAUGCUGACUCAUAUAGUAAAAAUUUCAGCUUUAUAUUAAAAUGCUAUAAAAUGCAUAACUCUUUAAUACCA